UCCUGAUGAGCCAACAGCAGAAAAAAUGUUUGCAAUCCUGAUUUGCGUCUUGACUCUGCAGCAGGUGCACUCUGCCUGCGUUGUGCAAGACAUUUGCACAGAGAACACAAAGGUCCAGACUGAGAUCGUGGACCAACACAAUGCCCUAAGGAGAGCGGUUCAGCCUACUGCUUCUAACAUGCUGAUAAUGAACUAUAGUCAGGAGGUAGCAGUCAGUGCUCAGGCCUGGGUUGACAAUUGUAUUUUGGCUCAUGGACAACCCAGCACCCGCAUGCUCAAUGGAUAUGAAAUGGGUGAGAAUCUCUUCUAUUCAUCCAAACCUUACCCGUGGACGGAUGUCAUUAAUGCCUGGCACAGUGAGGUGUCAAGAUACCUGUAUCCCAACGGCUCCACCAACGGCCAACCCACUGGUCACUACACGCAGGUGGUGUGGAACAGCUCCUACAGAGUUGGCUGUGGAAUGACAUUGUGCCCGAACAAGAUCUAUUUCUAUGGCUGCCAUUAUUUCCGAGCAGGAAACUUUAAGGGAUGGCCACCUUAUAAGGCUGGACCCCCAUGUGCUUCCUGCCCCAAUGACUGUGAAGACAAACUCUGCACCAACCCCUGUCCUUACAUAAACAAAUACCGCAAUUGUCCCACCUUGAGUGUCACUUUUGGAUGUGGCAAUGCGCUGGUGAAGGCCUGGUGUCCUGCUUCAUGCAACUGCACCGAACAAAUCAUUCCAGUAGCCUAAACACAAGCCCUUGAGUUUGUAAAUUGUACUCUAUCUACACAUUUACAUCUUUGUUGAUUCUCUGUCUAAGCUACUUUAAUUAAUCAAUUUCCUUAAAGCUUAUAACAGUAUACUCAGGAUGCAACCAAAGAACAUGUGUCUGAAAUAAACGUGGUUUAGUACUGAUUGCCUUAAGAUAGAGGGAUGUUUUUGUUUUUUUUAAAUGAUGUAUCUCUAACCAAACCCCUGUUGGGGCCAUGCAUGAUGUCAUAUAGAGAUGUCUCCCACUAUGCGUUAUGAAUUGCAAGAAAUGUAUCAGCACAAGCAAACAGUACAGUUAUACUGUUAAUCCACCCAAGCUCAAGAUAAUAUAAACCACAAAUAUUAUUUCUACACAGUCUUACAAAAAGACUACAUUGUAUAUCAAGUGGUGUAUGCUGUAAUUGUGUUAUGGUUGAUAAGAGAUAAACAUCUCAUGGCUUUAGUUGUAGCAUUUCAAUAUUUAGCUUUUUCUUUUAAAUUAAAUUGAGUACAAAAACAU